AAAGUAGUGUUUACAAUCCCAUGGAGACGCCCUUUUAAUCUCGACCCUACGCUCCAAAUUCCAAUCUUCCAGCACCUCUGUUGAAACCCGAAUGAGCAAUCCCCAUCAAGAACUCCAACCGACGCUCUCUCCCACUUCUAUAUAUAUCCAUUUCCAGAUUACAAAAAACAGAAAUAAGAACGGGAAAGAAAACUGUUUCUGCCCUCUGUACAGAAUCAAAAGAAAAGAGAAGACGCGCCGUCGCUUUGUGCAUUCUUGAACACUUCACAAUUUACGAGUUAGCUUAGUUUUCCCAAUCAAGAGACUGAUUCUUUUUCAAGAAACAGAGCUGGUAGGAAAUAAGUUUGCUUCUUUAUUGGGCUUGAUAAAGUCAAAAGGGGGAAAAAGUUUGAAUUGUUUUGCGCUUGUUUUCAAGAAAAGACUAUGGUGGGAGUGGUGGAGGAAGGCGAGGCAGGAGAAGAGAAGAGUGGUGGUGCAGUCCUUGCAAGAAAAGAUUCUGGGUCGUCCAAGUGGUUGACCACUUUCCACCGAGAUCUCACGGCGGGGGCGGUCAUGGGUGGUCUGGUGCACACGAUUGUGGCCCCAAUAGAGAGGGCGAAGCUGCUGCUGCAGACCCAAGAGAGCAAUAUGGCAAUCUUGACUCGUGGACCCCACAGGAGGUUUAGAGGGAUGGUGGAUUGCAUUGUCCGUACUGUGAGGGAGGAAGGCAUUUUAUCCUUGUGGAGAGGCAAUGGUAGUAGUGUGAUCAGAUACUAUCCCUCUGUUGCUCUCAAUUUUUCUCUCAAGGAUCUAUAUAGGAACAUCUUGCGUAGCAACUCACGAGAAGGUGCUUUUUUAUCUGGACCAUCUGCCAAUUUCAUUGCCGGAUCUGCAGCUGGUUGCACAACGCUGAUCAUAAUCUACCCACUCGAUAUUGCACAUACACGCCUAGCCGCCGAUAUUGGAAGAACUGAAACUCGUCAAUUCAGAGGCAUUUGCCACUUCCUGAGUACCAUACACAAGAAGGACGGAAUUCGAGGGAUUUACAGGGGUCUUCCUGCCUCUCUGCAAGGAAUGGUUGUACAUCGAGGCCUUUAUUUUGGUGGUUUUGAUACGAUAAAAGAGAUUAUGUCAAGAGAAUCUGAGUCAGAUGUGGCCUUGUGGAAACGGUGGGUUGCUGCUCAAGCGGUCACAACAGCAGCUGGGCUGUUAUCAUAUCCACUCGAUACAGUUAGGAGGCGGAUGAUGAUGCAGUCAGGCUUAGAGAAACCGAUGUACCAUAGCACACUGGACUGUUGGAGGAAGAUAUACCGAAUAGAGGGUUUGACCUCCUUUUAUCGUGGGGCGAUGUCAAAUAUUUUUAGGAGUACAGGAGCAGCAGCUGUUUUAGUUUUGUACGAUGAGAUCAAGAAAUUCAUGAAUUGGACUGGCUUAUAGCAAAUAGGGUCGUUUUUGGCCAUCCACACGAUUUGGACUUGUAGUAUAGAAUGACACAAACUACACAGGCACAAAAUAGAUGGUAUAGCAGCCAAUCACAUUCAAUCUAAUUGCGAGCUGAAGUGUAAUGUGUACAGAUGAAUUUGUAAACCCCAUCAUUGUUUCUUGGCCCUAUGACGACACAACCUAUUCUUUUGGGUUCUGGAAUAAAGCAGCACAUACUU